AUGAAGGUUGAGGAUCAGCUUGCUCUUAUCCUGGACAAGCUUGAGGAGCAAACGAAGGGGAUCAACGAAGGCAACCACCGGAUCAAUGAUGUGCAAGUCUCCAUCGACGAUCUCAAGGCAGCAAAGGAUGACUUCGAUCGUUGGCGACCUCAAGUCAACUCCAAGGUGGCGGAUCUGAGCAGCGGCCUGGAUUCCCUCCGCAUCCAGGUUGAUGCUCUGAAGUCGGCAUCACCAGCCAAACAAACCUAUUCUCGGUGA